GAGAUGCUCAGAGAGAGAGAAAGAGUUGUGCUUUUGGAAGCCAGCUGAUCAGUGCUGUGGUUUUCUGCCACAGAGGCAGCGAGAGAGAGGAAACGUGACCAGAAAAGAAAGGAGGUCCUUCAGAGAGAGAGCGAGAGAGAGAGAGAGAGAAAGAGAGAGAGAAAGCAGUCAAAGUCUUUGUCAUUUCAAGAAGGCAUCCAUAACCUGAAGACGAGAAGAAAAACAUAUUUUAGGAGGGAAAUGCUGUCUGAGAGCCAAGAGGAGGCAGCGCUGUGAGAGAAGCUCGCUGUGGAGGAUGUGAAGAACCUUAACAUGCUGGCCGUUUCGAGGGGGGAAGGAAGUACACAGGAAAACAACACGCCAGGGCUGUGAACCAAUCAGGCGUGAUUCACACGAACCGACGACGAGGAGUAGAGCGCGAGGACAGAAGAGAAGACAUGUCCUGGCUGUCCCCGGUGUCCUGGGCCAAGUGGACGUGGACGGCGGUGCGCGGUGGAGAAGGAGAAGAUGGGGAAGGAGAGGAGGGAAGAGGAGAGGAAGGAGAGUACGAAGGAGAGUUUAGGCGGAGAGCAGAGGAGGAGGAGGAGGAGAGAUCUCAAGGCAGCAGCUCUGACUCAGAGGGCCAUUUUGAGACCCCGGAAGCAGCCACUCCAGUCCAUGCACCCCCCUCACCAAGAGAGCUGGAGAACAACAACACGCAUGCAGACAACACAGAUUGGGAACCGGAAGAACACCUGGUAGUUACCGUACCUGCGGGUGUAGAGGACCCAUUACUCGGGGUCAUGGGUCAAGACGAGCCUGCGGCUGCACUGGUUGCCUCGCUGGACAUCAAAAUCCAAACCCAGAAGGAGGAAGAACCAGAGGAGAGAACCCCCCAUACCUCGGCCUCCUCCGCGAGAGCCCCAGACACACUUCCCACCGAGGAAAAGCCGGAAAUAUUAGAUGAACCAAGCACAACUCAAACUGUAUUACCGCCCCGAGAGCCAACGCCACCUCCUCCACCAGCUCAAGCUCCGCCUCCACCACCAGCUCCAGCUCCAGUUCAAGCUCCGGCUCCAGCUCCAGUCCCAGUAUUCGCUGCCCCAGUCCAAGCUCCUGCUCCAGCCCCAGUAUUUGAUGCCCCAGCUCCAGCUCUAGCCCCAGUAUUUGAUGCCCCAGCCCCAGCUCCUGCCCCAGCCCCAGUAUUUGAUGCCCCAGCCCUGGCUCCUGCCCCAGCCCCAGUAUUUGAUGCCCCAGCCCCAGCUCCUGCUCCUGCCCCAGCCCCAGUAUUUGAUGCCCCAGCCCGUGCUCCUGCUCUUGCCCCAGCCCCAGUAUUUGAUGCCCCAGCCCUGGCUCCAGAUAUGAACACAGAGCCGGAGGAGGCCUCCACCGAGGCCAGUGGGCCUCCAGGCAGCACGCAUCCAGACCCGCCUGCGGAGACCCUCCCCGCCGCUGACCCUGAAACCCAGCUCAAAGGCCCCCUCAGCCACACGGAGCCCCCCCCGAUCACACCGGCCCCCAAGCCCAAGCUCACGCCCCUGAAGAUGAACGCAGCGCGGGAUGAGACCCCCCACGAGGACGAGCAGGCGGAGCUUCAGCCUCCCCAGGCCAACUACAAGUUCGACCCGGAUCAGCUGGACGACAGCUUUAACCCCUUCAUGAGCGGCGGAUCCAAGAUCCAGAACACGCCCCCGCCCUGCGACCCCGCGUUCCGGCCCAGACUAGAGCCCAUCGGCUCCGCGUCCGAGCCCGUGGUCAAAGAAGCGGAAAUGCCGCCGGAGAUGCCGGUGGAGGCCAAGGCUGUGAAAAUGGAGUUUGGUCUGGACGAGGGGGAAGUCACGAAGCCGCCCCCCAAGAGGCUAGGCGGGAGGAAGACAGCCACUAAAGUCCCCGGUAAGAAAGUAAGACCCAAGGUAGCGGGAGGUUCCGGCAAACCGGCCCCAGAACCCACAGUAUCCGACGAGGUUCCCAAGCCGGCCCCUGAGCCGGCAGCAGCGGCUGCAUCCGUCACGGCGUCGGACCCCGGGAGCCUGGACGACGUUCCCAUUCCCAAGUCGAAGAACACCUUUGACCCAAGCCAGUGGGACGACCCCGACUUCAAUCCAUUCGGGAGCAACAGCGCAGUGGGCAGCUCCCCCACGCCUCCCAAGUCCUCCUAUCAAUUCGAUCCGGACAAUUUUGACGAUUCUGUGGACCCCUUCAAGCCCUCCAAGGGACUGAGCAACGAGGAGCCCACCGUGGGGGCCCCUCCGCCCGAGAGCAAAGUCACCGAAGUGGCCAAGGAGAAAGCGACGCCUCAGCCAGAGAAGAAAGUCAGACAACUCCCCAAGAAAAACAAGGAGCGGUCAGUCACGAACGCCUGCAAGACCAAGAACAUUGAGAAUCAAACCUCGGUCCCUGAUGUUUGCAGUCAGGAGGAGGAUGAGGUUAUUGUUGUGGCUCCAGACAUGACUCACAGAGUCCAUCACGCCACGGAUGAGGAGAAGCUAGCUUCCACCGCCAUCAUGGGUCAGACGGCAGACCUACAGGAGGACAAGGCGGACACACAAUGCAGUAAAGGACUGGUCACCACUCAGCCCAGCAGUGACAUCACCAUCACCAAUGCUUCAUACCCACUUGGCUUGUCUGUAGGGCCCAAGAUGACAACAUCAGACAUCCUGGAGGAUGAUGACCCCUGCAGUCUGAAACGCCAAAUAAGCAAGGAGCUCCCUGUGAAGCAGCUCCCCAAGGUCCCGUCCAGCGAGGACCAGGACACCCUGAUCUUCACCCAGGACGGCCUGCCUCUCAGUGAGAUGGACAAGGCUGCCGUGCUCACCCUCAUCAGGGAGGAGAUCAUCACUAAGGAGAUGGAGGCCAACGACUGGAAACGGAGGUACGAGGAGAGCAGAGAAGAGGUGAUGGAGAUGAGGAAAAUAGUUGCAGAAUAUGAGAGAGCUGUUGCACAGAUGAUUGAGGAUGAACAGCAGCAGAAGUCCCUGUCUGGCAACAAGACGGUCAGGCAGCUGACCAUGGAGAGGGACCAGGCCAUGGCCGACCUCAACUCUGUGGAGCGCUCCCUCUCCGACCUCUUCAGGAGGUACGAGAACCUCAAGACGGUCCUGGAGGGAUUCAAGAAGAACGAGGAGGUGCUGAAGAAAUGUGCGCAGGAGUACCUGAUGAGGGUCAAGCAGGAGGAGCAGCGGUACCACACACUCAAGAUCCACGCCGAGGAGAAACUCGACAAGGCCAGCGAGGAGAUAGCCCAGGUGAGGACCAAGGCUGCCUCUGAGGGCGUGGCCCUGGGAGCCAGCCUGAGAAAGGAGCAGAUGAAGGUGGACUCCCUGGAGAGAGCUGUCCAGCAAAAGAAUCAGGAGAUUGAAGAAUUGACCAAAAUCUGUGAUGAACUGAUUGCCAAACUGGGAACAGACUGAAGGGCAUUGGAUCAAGCCAGGAUCCCCAGACCAUUUUCUCUUCCACCUGGCAUGUAAAUAGUACACAAGCACGCAUUGGCACAAAAUAUUUUCCGUUUGGAGAAAGAAAUUGUAUACCUUUUUUUUUUUGCUUCAAUAAAUACGAGAUGGCAAUAUCAAAGCUGAAGAUACACAUUUUCUGUCAGCGUUUACAAAGGCAAAUGGUGUCAUAUCAUUGUCUUUAUCAUAGACAUAUAUUUUUUAAUAAGUACUAUUGAGACACGUGUUGUUUACUUACUCCACGUUUUGUGUGAGACCUAUAGGUCUAUAACAUAGAUGGGGUCAGGCUAACAGAGAUCUAGUGUUCUGGCAUCUUCUGGCAGGACGAAAAGCAGAAAAAUACAUGGACAACUUCCAUGUGGCCAUGCAAUCAUUUCUAUUCAAGAAUACUUUUGAUGUUCAAAUCCUAAAUUAUCAAUACACAAUACACUCUGUUUAAUCACAUCCCAUUUUAACUUAAUCCUCCUUAAUCAAGCAGGAGGAAUGAGGAUUAAAUGUGUCUUUUAGAUGCAAUCCGUUUUUUGGCAGAAUAAACUCUUAUUGACCCCCUUCUUAGGCCAGUCUAAAGGCUAAAUGUGGACAAAAUUACAGAAAGAAAACCCACACACGCCCACUGAGCAAUUGGAUCCCAUUUUAUACUACAUGUAUCAUUAAAAAUAACAUUUAAAUGUAUGUGGGAGAGAUGUGUGCAAUAUGUCUUCAUAAGUCGACAAAAAUAAUAAGUAUGUCAUACUGGGAGGCAGCCUAGACUGAUUAACUUAUUUUUGGUCUAUAGUGUAAUUUGUAAAGUUGAUGAUAUCAUAUUUCACAGGGAAGGAUUAGCUAGUAUAAAGUAUAUAUAAACCGACCACAGUAUGUUAUGCUUGUACACUUUUUUUCAUCUUGAAUUAUUGUUUUUUGACUUCCUUUCUAAGUGCAAAUAUGCAAGUGCUAUUUAUGUCUUGGCACAUAGUAUUAUUUGUGCUACUAUUUGUAUUGUAUCAAAAGUGAAAUUCUCCACAAUCAAGUAAAUAAUUUGCCUUUUGGAUUCUACCUGACAAUUCUGCAUUGCUAGAUACAUACAAACAUACAUGAUAUGGCCCUACAUUUGUAUAAAUAUUUUAAUUGUUUAAUGGAGCACCUAAAAAGACAUACCUACACAGAUCAUCAGUUAUAUUGUUGCAUAUUCAUUUUGCAUGAUUUGAAGUGUAUUUAGGUAUAAAAGAAACAUGUCUUUUAUAAACCAGCAACCUUUUUGAGAUAAAAACUCUAUAUUGUCUAAAAUGAAGGUAUUUUUUUUCUUUUUCUGUAAAACUAACUGUUGCUAAUGUGCCUUUUGUUUUGUUUUUGUUUUCUGUGAAGAAAACUUGUGCCAAUCUCUUUGCCAACUUUGGUUCUGAAUCUGAUGCCAACGUUCCACUCACAAACUAUCCAGCACAAAGUAGAGAGUUGUUAGGACAUUGAAUAACUGCACUUUUAGAUUUCAAAGCAGGGUUAUACUGGUUCAUCAAAAGACCAUGUGAAUAUAUAUUUUUUCAGAUUCCACCAAGUUAUGUCCUGGUCUAAUCUCAAUGUUACAGCACAAGGGUUGGGUCAAUUAAGGAACUGUUUAUAACUUAAAUUAAGGUGUGUUCAUGGAUCAAAACAAUCAACUGCCAAAUGCUGUUGCAAAAUCACAUUGGUUUCAAUAUGCGUGUUAUCCUAUCGUGUCAGCUUUGCAUUUGUUUAAAGGUGCUUUUGAAAUGGGAAAAAAACAUUGUGACAGUACAAUUUGUGUAUAUUUUAUACUAAAAUGAUAUGCAUUUUUGUCUUUAAUGUUUAUAAAAUGCCAGAAGUGAAUACGCCAGAUUGUAUGUUAACCGUUUAUAUUUUGUGCAUAAAGCAUUCCUAAAUAAAUGUUGAAGGUAUAAAUGCUGCUUGCCAGUUUGAUUGAAUGGUAC